AUGACCAAAGGCAAAGGAAUUCUCUUUAUGCACUUUUGGGAGCGCGAUCUAAAACUGAAAGCAUGGAGCCUCUUUACGCGCAUGCAGGACGCCAAGGAUGGUCUUUGCGUGUUAAGCAGAAUCUUACCUCUCAGCGACAUCAGGGUCGAGGAUGUCGCUACGGAGCCUCAUGUGCUGCAGUGGCUGACUGAGGCAACAACAUAUUGUUCCAGCGACCUGGUAUGCAAGGCGUCAUUCCUUUGGGGAUUGACGGACAAGCACAGCGGGUUGUUGCACGCGCUUCAAGAGAACAUCAGAAAAACUGUGGCUGCGAUGAUCACAGACUUUCGUGAAGACAGACAACAACACGCUGCGGAGCUUGCGAGUUGUCUUGUGCCAGAGCAACGUUGCUGUAGUCUCCGUGCAGCCACCUCUCUUGCCCUUGGCUCUCAACUGGGAGAUCUCAACACUAUCUUGAACGAUUGUGAUGCUGGCACAUUGCAGCUUCUCUGCUGGCUAACGCAAACACAAGUCUUGAUGCCAUCACCCGCACAGCUGAGCGCGCCAACCCUCUCAUCAGUGCUCUUUGCAGCUUCUCGCAACGAUCCUCGCCUCCUCAAAGAAAUGACUUUGGGGCUGCCCCAGCUGUCGCUGCUUGCACGUGUUUGGCCCAAUGUUCGUCCAGACGAGGUCAAUAGUUUGAGCGACUUUCAGGAGUUUAUCGAUGAAUGGCACCUCCUUUAUUCAGAGCAAACGCUAGGAGCAGCAGACCUUUGGCGCCAACCAGCACUUGCCCUUUGGGACAGCCUGCUUCAACAUGAACAUGAUUGGUUAAAGACACUGGGGGCCAGAUGGUUUUGCCAGUGGGCCUGUCAAGUCACACAGGCUUUUGCAAAGGAUGCCAAAGCCAUCGAACUUGUCCGUUUGGCAGAGACUUGGUACAGAUGGCGAGUGAGCUACCAAAGCCACACAGUCUCAAUCGGUGAGGCGUCUAUCAACAAGGUGCAGCAAAACUUGGAGAACAUAUUCAAGGCCAAGGUUGAAGAUCUGGAUGUUUCUGAUCUGGAUUCUCUUUUGAGUGCAUCUGCACCCGAUGCAAACCUCACGUGGCCUGAAAUUCUCGAGCGUUGGAACGUACAAGCAGCUCUUGAGACUUUGCAGACGCGCUUGCAGCAGUCGCAUUUGCAUGACUGGAUGCAUGCUUGUGAAAACGUACUUGCCGUGUGCAAGAAGCAUGUCUCUGUACCAGCUGAGUGGCACGACGCCGUGCAGUCCAAUGGACGACUGUUGAUCCAGCCUUGUGACCAUGAACCUCUAGCCUGCGUCACGUCGGAGCUCACCGAGCUGUUGGGCGUUGCAAGCACCAUCUUCGACUUUUCAAAGGGUUUUACAACACAGCAGCUGAUCGAAAACACAAGAGCCCUUGCUGACCUCAAAAGACGCUGGCCCAUGCCCCUGAUGAGUGUUGCUUGGAAGAUUGGCAAGCGGAGCCCUUUGCACCUCGAUACUUGUCUUGAAUAUUUAAAAGAGCGUCAGACAGUCAACAGUGAGGAGCUGGAGCGCAUGAUUACGGAGUCGAUCGGCCGUUUUGGUCAGGCGCCAUUUACCUUGACUGUGACAAGGCUUUACCUUUGGCCCUACACAAGCAUUCCGAGCGAAUACUUUGCUCCACACCCGCCGUCGUUCAACGACCUCUUGCCCUUGGUUCCAGACCUCAUGCGCCUCAUCUUAUUUGCAAAACGGCUGCGACUCGCACAGAGCUUUGAAAUAAUUUGCGACUUGGUCGAUGGCGUUCGCGAGCUUGCUACUUUUGGGGACGCACUGCCACUUUGGCAAAAGCCAUGUCCGCCAGAAGAAGCACAGCCCAUGGCGCUACUAUGGGAGCGCAUCUGGUCAACAAGCUUGAACCAGAAGUUGCCCUUGGAGGCCAUUUUCCCCGUUGAGCAACAGUCAGAGCUACUCGCUUGGAGCAACAAGUUGAUGUCGCUGCCGAGCCAUUUCAAUGACGUGACGUUCGACCAGUUCUUCAAACUGUGCGAUGAGUCAAAGAUUUUGGAAAGUGUCAAGCGAUGGCAGGCGCAAAAUAUAUCCGAGGAUAAUUUUCACAAGGCAUUCACCCUCAUGCAGGGCACGCGCGUUGGUGGUGACUUUUUUGGCGCAUUGCAUCAAUGUUACAAUGUGUUCAAAGCAACCGGUCAAGGUACUCGCCCAUCAUUGCCUGGGGUUCUGGCAGCUCUGAGCACAACUUUGAAGCAGAACGCUUCGCGUCGGCCUAUUGGCGACUUUGUCAUUGAUCAUUUGCCGCAUCUUUCCACUGUCAAAGACCUGCUUGGUCAAACAAUGAGUAAGGCGGGCCGCGAAGAAAAGGACGCCCUCGUUGUCGACGGCUGGCUCGAACAUUUCAGGAACGAUGAAGUGGACGUGAGCUUUCUCCUUGAAUCCUGUGAUGACAAUGAUUCUAGUCUUGCCAUGCCAAAGUGCGAGCUACGCCAUCAACCUUCACAGGAAGCGAUUGAAUGGCAUACCUUCGUGUCGAUUUGCGCUUCCAUACAAGGGCAAACUAGUCAAGCCGAAAGUCUAGCCGCGCUUGAGGCCCUGGUGGAUGGAGCACUGGGUCAAAUGGCCGUGCUUCACGCAGAGCGCGCAUUUGGAUUUGCAUUGCCUCUGCAGUCCAGUAAAACUCGCCAUAGCUUUCGCUUACAACGCGAUAUCAACUUGCUCGAGCGCUGGAGCACCUUUCUCAGCGCAUAUGCCAGUGCGUGGGCUAUGCUGACUGCAGGCGCUGAAGGGGCACGACAUUACUUGAAACUGCGUCGAGGCUUUAGCCCUGUACAGAUUGCGCAAAUGGAAGCUUGCGUUUCUGGUGAAGCCAGCGGCAUGCUCACGGCAUUUGUGCCCGGUGCCCGUUUGCAAAUUACCUCAAGUCACAAGCGGGCACCAGCUUAUACACAAUGCCAAAGAGAGCAUCAGCGUGGCCAUGAUCUCCUGCCGAUUCUACAAGAUCAAUGUCGGGCUCUUGAUGAGCUCAUCUGCAACAUGACACCCACUGCACAAGUGGUACCGGUUGGUGGGAGGCUCUGGCAACAGCUUGAACUACCCGCCAACAAAGCAAUCUAUUGUCCCCGGCGCAGCGACCAGCCCCUUGAUAGCUUCGAGCUUCCAGCUUUGACUCAGCUUUGUGCGCUGUGCACAGUAGCCAGCGCCUUGUCGCGCACAUCGGACAAAAUCACGAUUCCACCACCAUCCGGCUACCUUUUUCUCACGUUGCAAAGCGAUGAGGAGAUGCUUCAUGCAGUCCACGAGCGUUGUGCGCGCGGCACGUGGAUGAGCGAAUCGCCGCUGUUGGUCUUUGUGGAGUCGCUUGAAGCCUUUGAUUUGCUUAGAUCUCAAAGUACAAUGUCAUGGUCAAUGCCACUUUUGAUCAUAUGGAUACAUUUGGAGCCAAUGGAUGCCAACAAACCGAAUGAUGUCACAGAGGUGCCACUACUUGAUCAGGCUAGCAUGCAUGCCAUUGUAUCAGGCUUGAUGCGCAAGCAAAGACUUUCUAUACGGUUGGUCUGCGAUUCCGAAGUCAACGAUGAGGCGAACCCUCGGUGCAAAAGCCAUUUUAUCAGUUUCAAGCUCACAAAAAUCGCUGAACAAGAAGAGCACGUCCGCCGAGUCGUCGUUGGACGGGGUGACGCUUGUGAAAACAUUGUUCAGAGACUCUCUGGAGCACCGAAUUACCGGCAUUGCUGGUUUGAUGUUGCAGCAGCAAAUCGCAUCAUGGCUAAGGUGGUGUGGGACCUCCUACUUUACGGAACGAUUUAUUCAGAAACACAGCAAUUAACGCUGUCUGGCCACGAUCGGAUCAUCUGGCUCGAGGUACACUAUGCUCCGCUGGCUUGGGCCCAUGUUUUUUUGCCACAAAAUACAGCAUUGCCUUGGUCGGAACCAUUGCUACAACAACUGUGCCCAGCGCCGCUCUCCUCUGCUUCCGCCGCACGGCGGCUCGUGCAACAAGCCGCUGCAGCACGCUGGCUGGCAAAAGCCGAAAAUAUUUGUGAGCCCACCAAAGUUCAUAUGCAGUGGGCUCAACUUUUGUUUCAGCGACGCACCGGCGCGGGAGCGAAUGCUUUGCCGACCUCUAACCAAUGGCUGCGCUGGUUUGAAGGUCAGCUGAAUUUGGACUUUUCAAAGAUACCUUUACCUUGCUUUCAGGGCAAUGCCGAGGUCGUCUGGUGGGAGCCAAUGCAAUCGGACGGCGCCGCUUCUCCCGAACAGACUGUUCAACACCUUGAAAGUGUUUUGAAGCAAGUAUACGGCGAAAAGCAAGUACACGACAUGCACGCUCAGUUUACUGAGCUGGUUAUGUCCCCCCUCUUUGCGGUUCGGCUUGUAGUCUUAUCACUACUGUAUCAGCUCCGCGGGCCAAUCAUUCUGGAGGGUGAGACAGGUGUGGGCAAAACCUACCUUCUUCGUGUUUUUUGCGCAUUGCUGGGUGAAAGCGUUGCCUUGCACCAGCUGGACAUGCUGCCGAGCACCACCGGGGAGGACAUAAUGACUUUCCUCAAGGCCGUGCCCUCGGAUUCAAACUCGACACAAAUUGCGUUUCUGGAUGAAAUAAAUUGCAGCAAUGCCAUUGACGUUGCCGCCAGCAUUGUCAGCGAACCCUCUGCCAUUCAUGCAACGCAACAGCAGGGCGGCAUUUGGAUUGUGGCGGCUUGCAAUCCGUUCCAAUCGCGUGAGGCAAGCUAUCACGUGUUGCCCAUGCCUGAUCGUCUUGAAGCUUUUGUUUGGCGCCUCGAUGCGCGCUCUCCAACGGAAACUGAGUUUCUGUUGCGUCGUUUGCUGGAGAACAACGAGGCACUGCAAGAUCUCAAUGAGAAUGAAAAGGAACUGGCUCUUGACACGGCGCUCAGACUGCAUGGAGAAGUGCAAUCCCUGGCUGCUGCCCCGAGUGGCACCACAGUCUGUUCGCCACCUUCGACACGAACAAUCGUACAUUUGGGACAGCUUGCCACCUUCUUGAAAAGCAUUUUGCCCUUGAGUAUUUUCGUCGUAAACCAUGUCGUCCCUCAAACAUCGCCCGCCUUCUUGGUAGCGGUAGAGUGUGUCUACCUCGCUGGCUUGCCACCUGAGCAAGCGUCUGAAGUAUUGGCCACAGCACACUUGUCGCGAGAUGCGACGUGCCCGACCUAUUUGCACUCGCAAACAUCAACAGCUUCCUCUCUCGGUUGGCUGGCUUGCGCUGCCAACUGGCUAAUGAACGCCUGUGGCUUUCACCAACUGCCGGGCAUUGUCUUGACGCACUCGCUGAUGAUCAAUACCUUUUUGCUCUUCUGCCACAUCUUUGCCCCCGUUCCAUUGUUUGUUGUUGGAGAACCUGGAACGUCAAAAUCUCUUUGCCUUCAUCUCAUAUUUCAGUACUUCUCCUGCGAUCCCUUUGCUCGUGUUGAGGAGCUGCGGCUUCUGCCGCGCAUCACAAUGAGUGUUCUACAGAGUUCUCCAUUGCUUACGAGCGCUAUGCUCAAAGAAGAAUUUGAACGCGCUCGACAGUAUCAGCUUGCAGCGGGCGUGCGCACGGUGGUCUGUCUCGAGGAAGCAAGCCUUGUUUUACCCGAUCCAGUCAGACGCUCACAGCCGCCAACGGCACUCAAAGCACUACAUUCACUAUUGGAAGAGCAUGGCGAAGAACGUGAUCCUGAACAGCCAAAGUGUCGUGUCUCGUUCAUAUGCUUGUCAAAUCACCUUUUGGAUUCAGCCAAGCUUAACCGUGGCACCGUGCUACGAAGCCCCACACUGCACUGGGCUGAUGUUCAAAGAGCAAUUCAAUCGCUUUUUCAACUUCCAAGCCAAUCCACAGAGGAGGAAAGCGGCUGUGCAUGGAAGGAGUGGUGUGACCUGUUAACGCUCAUGAUUGGUGAGUUGCAGGGACAAGCGCGCGAUGUGUACGCAUUUUUGGGAGAUACCAGGCACCUACUGGCUGCCGCGGCCACGGCCUCUGGUAACCCCCACCCUGCACCAUCAUCAGAUACGAUUCGCUCCGUCUUGCGUGCUUUCGCUCGUAAUGUUCAGGGCAGCUCAGCAGAAAAGACCUUUUGUGAACGUUGGCGUGACCAAUUUGUGAACACGUUUCUUGAUUGCAAGCUCGGUGAUCUUCGUGCCGCAACCAGCAUGUGGAACGAUGCUUGGCAAAGGUCAUUCACGCUUGAGGAGGCUUUGCUCGCGCGACAAAAGCUGUCAGAGCACGAUGCACCAAGCCCGGUGACGAUUGCUUCUCGCCAGAUCUUGUGCAUCACGGAUCUACCUCUCACUAACGCAUGGGCUCAGCUUGCGCUUGGUUCUGCUCGACAACAAAAGAUGAAAUUGUUGUUUGCGCCUGCGCGACGCUAUUCGAAACUUCAGAACGGCUUCACAGCCCAUGGUCACGACGCGUCGUAUGACGCACAAGCUUUGCAAGUGCUAAUUCAAAGCCUAGCAGAAACCCAGACCAUGGUGGCUAGCGUCUCGAAUGAUGUGCUUCUCAGCCUGCUUGAUCUAUUCAACGGACACUAUCACAGUUUUGAUGGUGUUGUCAACUUGGCUCGGGUCGCUCGCGGCCCGCGCUCCAGUCUAGUCAGCAUGCGCCAAGAUCUUGACUUUGUGGUUGUUGUUUCCCAGGAACAAGCGCAGCUCAUGACCCCAGCCCUCGCAUCUCGUUUCUGUAAGAUUUGGGUUAAUAUCGAUUGCAUUGGUCGGCUCGCGUAUGACAAGGCACAAUCCUGGCCUUUGCAACAGCGAGUGGAGGAGGUCAUGUAUGAAGUUAACCCUUUUCUACGAUGGACAUUUGAGCCAGAAUGGCUUGCAGCCAUGCUAGAAGUGGAUCAAGAAGAAGAGACCCAAUCCCAGGCUGAGUUCAUGCUCUCCGUGCUCACCUCUGAGAUUGUUCGAGAUGCCAAGCAUGAUAAAGCACUCAACCUCCUGCUUGAGGAAGCUGAGGACUGUUUUGUGGUGGUGCGCUGCGUAGCUUCAGAAUGGGACAUCAAUAUCCUCGCAUCUCAUUUGAAGCAGCAACUUAGCGCCAAGGGCUUGGCUGUGAAGGAAACGUCCACGCUGGGGAACGGACGGCCGUGCCACUUGGCUAGUUAUGGUAGCUCUUUCCAAGCACUGAUAUGCGUUCUUGAGGAGCAGCCGUGGGACCUCUGUUCGCGCUUGUCGGAAAUUAGCCUCAGUCAACUUCAGACAUGUUGGGUUCUGCUUAAAAGUCCCUUGGCAAUCGAAAAGCCCUGCUUUCGGGUUCCGGAGUUUUGGCAUUUACUUGCUUUUUGUCCGCCAAGCCCUGGGUUCCAAAGACUAGGCAAACUGCUCGCGGAAAGUUCGCAGCGUGCUUUGCCAAGAGACCUUCUUGAAGCUGUCGUUACCUUGAAGACCGACCCGGCAUCCGCCCCUGCUGCAACCAAGGAGCCGUCAUCCCUUGACGGCAUUGUUACACCGCAGCUAUAUUGCGAAUUAGCCAGAGACUCAGCACAAAAGCGUGCUCUUGCCACCUCAGCGGCGUCGCGCCUCUUCGCCCUGUCGAGUCCUUUGUUCCCUGAGGUGCUUCAUCUUGCUCAGGAUGAGCUGGCUCUCCUCCAACAUCAACAGCUUGCCACGGGAGUGGAAGUUUCGCUGCAAAAAGUACCUGGCUGGCCAAGUGACAAAGAUUGUCCCUGGCAAAUCACUGUGGAAGCACCCGCGAAGGAACAACAGGAUCAUUUAUCACCUGUGCAGGCUGUGUUGGAGUCUGUACGGAGCAUUAAGACUGUCCGCCGCUUUGUCAAACUCACAGCAGAUCAGUGGCGUGUCUUGAGCGAUGAAUUUCAUCAUCUCAAGCGAGGUGAACAAUCUUUGCAGCAGUUGGCUGAAGCGUCCAAUUGUACGCUGCAGGCCAAGGCUUCUUGCAAUGACCAGGUUGAACUGUGUGUCCUGGCCUGCCGCGAACCUAAGGCGCAAACCUUCUGCGAGAUGCUUCAGCGUAUUUUGAACACUGACCUAGUUGUGAUCUCUACCGACAUUCGCAUUGCGGACACUCUAGCUGAUCGCCGCAAUCGGAAGUUGGCCUACUUACUGCUCAAACAGAGAGGCCGUGCGCUGACUUUGCAAGGCAGUGUGACUUGGAAGCUUUACGAAGAGCACUGUGUCAUCACUGGCUGGCAGUUUGAGAUGCGCGCUGCUCGCGAGAGUCUGAUUGACCACAUUCAGAACUUGGAGAGGUGCCUGAGCUUCAGGUACUGUUGCUUGCCUGCAACCGUUUCGCCCAUUGCGAGCAUGACACGCCUCAACAAUGUUAUGGCCCUUGAGCUUCAAAAAUGUGAACGAGUGCAUGUGCCUUCCGUUUAUCAGCAUCACUUCACGCAAGCUCAGUGGGAAUCCGACACUCGGCAACAGAUCAAGAGCAAGCUCCCUUGCACAAAAAAACUAAGCGCCGGAUUCACGCAGUGGCAAGCUUGGAAGCUGUGUGGAGAGGCUGCCCUGGUGACCGAAGCGCACACGGAAUUAUACAAUUGGUUGCGAUCACACUGGGGUUCCGAGAGAUUGGGACUCAUCACGACAGCCCGCUUUGAAGGGCUUCUGGAUCAAUUGCGAGAGCUGAACGUGGAGUGGCGUAUUGAAGCGGAAGGGGGUCUCACGAUUUGGGCUGAAGUGGCCCAAGUGAACACUGCCCGGAAGCUGUGGCAGGACCUGGAAACAGAUGAACAGCAACGGCGCGCUCGGGAACAAGCUUCACAUCGCAGUGAACUUCCGUUUCCUCAGCGAGAAUGCGAUGAACGGACGGAAAAGUUUUGUUCAUGGCAAUUGCACAAGCCAACUGCUGCUGCACACCCAGAUAACGCAGCCUAUGGCAUGGCGUUGUCUCAAUACGAGGCUAUGGGUGGUGCUAAGGCUGAAGUCAAGCGUAUUGAUAUGAUCAAGACGAUUGACGCUUUUGACCGUUAUCAGACUCUCAAGACAGCGUUUGCGGCACAAGGCUAUGGGACUGAAACGUGGAUUUUCCAUGGCACGGAUGUUAAGAACCGGAGGAGCAUCCAAGAACUUGGCUUGGUGGUGGGUGGUGAAGGCGAGGUUCCAGUGGCACGAGGGCGAGCUUACGGCCCUGGCAUUUACUCUGCCACGAAAUGCACCACUCCCAAAAGUUAUGGCAAACUGAUCAUUCUCGCGCGUGCUUUACAAGGUCGCAAGGGGGCAUCCUGUUCUGAUGGUGAUUGCUGGCCGGGGGGAGGUGCUGACGUGUGGGUAUUCCGAGACAAAAGCCAGGUGCUGCCCUUAUUCUUUGUUGAAUUGCAUUCAUGAUGACAUUGUAUUUUGCCCCACGUAAAUACAUGUUCAUGUAUUUCAAUCAAUUGAUUUUUCUGAUGCG